AUGUCGACAGGAGUUGAGGCGUAUUGCUCGCCGAUGCGGCGUCCCAUGAGUCGACGGCCCACGGACCCACUCGUGCAGACGCCGUCGGGGUCGUGGUACGCGGAUGUGUUGGACCAGUCACGGACGGUGAGGUCCCCGCUAAGCCCGGCGCAGGCCCGCAGCCUCGCCGUGUAUGCGCGACCGGAGGACUGCACGCCCCGGCGCGCCUCGCCGGUUGUGGGCGCCCGUCCCUCCCACCUCCCUGUAAGCGGGUCCAUGUCCCCCCGCUACGCCGUGGUCGCUCGUCGGCGGUACCAAGUGAUGGCCUCCGACUACGUCGCCUACCCGCAAGGAACGCCGACGCGCGUGGUGACGACGCGUGGCAGGGCGUUCUCUUCCACGUUCAUUCGCUGUGGUACGCCGGCAUCUCCGGCGCGUCGUGCGGCAACCAACGCCGCUUCACCCGCGGCGACAGCAGCGCAUGUGAUGCAUCAGUCCCUGCUUCUUGACAUUGUUGCCGCGCCGCGUCCCGUCUCGGCCCGUCAGCACUACCCACAGCAGCCACAGCCGCCCAAUCCGGCAGAGCAGCAACACCCGAUGCGGCCUGCCACCGCCGGACAAAAGUUGCGGGAGUGCCGAAGAGACGACGACUCCUUUGCGGCAAGCAGCAACGAUCUCUCCAACACUGAUGAUGGGAUUUAUGUGCCGGUCAAUGUAUUGAACCAGAAACCGCGGACGAGCAAUGGCGUAAACGGGAUGAUUGUGGACCAAAUGAGGCGGGGUACCCAAACUGAAUAUGCCCCACGGCGUACCUCGAUAACGGCGGAGCAUUUUACGCAACAAGCUCCGCAACGGGUUUCGACUCCCGCAGCCAACCGUGCACAACGAGCAGGCUUGUACGGCUCGUUGUAUGCCUCACCCACGAUGGAGAACAGUUUCCGUGGGAGUUCACCACGCCCUGACUUGAAUGCCACGCUUAACCGCGAAUUACCCAUUCACGAAAGUUUGUGUGCUACUUCGCAGCGUAACACGACGCCUGCCGUCUCCGCGGCUCGCAUGUAUCCGGCCAUGUCGUCGGUAGCUGUGCAUCGAUGCCUUAAUGGCAGCUCUGCUUCAAAGGCGCCACCUCAGCCAAUAACUGCCCAAGGAAGCACCACACCAGGCACGACGCCUGCGCAAAGUGUCGACUGCAGCCGCAGCAGCACAGACACGUUGAAUCUGCUCACUCGUCAUUUGCGGAGAACUUCGUCCAUUCGCGAUGCAUGCUUCUCUUUUGUGUCCUCUCGCCCCCUUGUUCAACAGUUUGUGCAGCGCUGGCGCAACCACUACGAGGAAAACAAGAACGCGUACUGCGAGGGCGGCUACAUGACUGUCACGCCGGGCAAAAAGUUAAACUCCCGCUACGUGGUAGUGCAAAAGUUGGGCUGGGGUGAAUUUAGUACGGUGUGGCUCACGUACGACACGAUGCACAAAACACUCGGUAAACCGCAUCAGGCCUUCCUGGCGCUAAAAAUUGCCAAGUGUGAUAAUACGGUCUCGUGGAGUACGCAGUACGAGAUCAACCUACUCCGAUACAUCGGGGAGUACGCGUCACCUGCGGCACCGCUCACCAACCUCGUAGACUACUUUGAGGUUCCUGGACAGUAUGGGUCGCAUGUAUGCAUGGUGAUGCCACUACAUGGCUCCAACCUCCUCAGCAUCAUUGAUCAGAUGAAGGCGAAAAAGCGGCAGCGAUCUUCGCAGGAGAUUCGUCUGGUCAAGGAAGUUGUCGCCUCAAUUCUGCUAGGUCUUGAGGAGCUUGACGGGAUGGAUAUCAUUCAUACGGACAUCAAACCAGAAAACGUUCUUUGCUCCUCACCAGACCCAAAGGUGAUGGACGUGAUUGAGACCUUCUGCCGGCGCAACAAGGAACGCUCCUCCAUGGUGCCGUACGAAACGGUGCGAGAAACCAUCUCGCACGGGGAUCCAAACCAUCUUGUGUGUAUUGCGGAUUUCGGUCUCUCCGUGGCCCUGAAACCCCCCACCGGGGACUCUGCCUCGCACCAAUCCAGUGCGUGUCAGUCGUUGUUAAAAAAUCUGGUUGGGAGGAAGCGCGAGUUCCCUGUGGAAAAGCCGGGCACCGUGACAAACCUCCGGGGGACAAUGAUUCAAACCCGUGAAUACCGCGCCCCGGAGAUUAUAAUUGGCCUAGACUUUAACACACGCACCGAUUUAUGGAGUGUCGGCUGCAUGGUGUUCGAACUGAUUACGGGGGAGUUCCUCAUGGAUCCCAAGCGUCGCACCAAGAACGAGCGGAUGAUGGACGUUGAGCACCUGGCAAUGAUGAUGCAGCUCCUGGGGCCUGUCCCAGAGGAGAUCAUUCGGCUGCGCACCCAGCGAGACCCUAAGCGGCCCCCGCCGCGGUAUAUCCAUCGCUACUUUAACGAGAGUGGUCGGUUUAUUUACGCCGACAAGUAUCGCCUUUACCCACGGCGACAUUUAGACAGGGAGCUAGAGGCAUUCCUGCCCACAGCUGAGGCCCAGCGCGCCGCGGACUUCAUUAUGCGCUGUUUGUCGUCGUAUGACCCGGCAUGGCGCCCCUCCGUGCAUGACAUGUUCGCCCAUGAGUGGCUGUCGGAGGUCAUGGGGCAGCGCAAGCGCUGA